AUGGAGCGUAUCUAUCCACCGAGAAACAAGGCAAAAUUCAAGAUCAAAGACCACAUGAAAGAAUUUAUGGACAUACUCCCAGUGAAAAAUGCGACAAUGUUUCCGGAGACAGAAAAAGACAUCCAGAAACUGAUGGAUUUGCAAGACGACGAUGUUAAAUUCUUCUCGCUAAUGGACUCAAUAGACAUGGCUCAGAUGGCUUGCCCGCAGGACAUUCCAGUGGAGCCUUUUGAUCCCACGAAGCCCAUCUACACUCGCGCCGUGGGGAUCAGCGUAGAGAUUCCCAAGGAAGCGCUCAAGCUCAACACAAUCCAGGCGAGAGUGAAUAAGAGCCAGAAUGCCAACAGCCGGAUUGAUGAGAAGAAAGCCAGGCAUUCUCGUCACAGGCGGCUCAAUACAGAUUUAGGGUCAAUUGCUGAUGUCGACUUGGUUCCAUUUGAGGAAACAGUCAUCAGCUUGCGCUUCUAUCAGCCUUACAAGUACGAGCCUGAGAACACUGCCUUCGAGAUCAGCUUCUGCCAAGAAUUCCUGGUGCUGGGAUCUCAAACAUUGUCGGAAUUGCGACCCAAGAUCUUCUGUUCGGCAUCUUCUGGGCCAUUUCCCGAGAUAAGCGAGAAUCCUAAUGCUGAGAGACCGGCUCUGGAUGAUGAGGCAGCUUUCUUCUUCAUCACAGAUACUUUCUACAAUGACUUCUCUCGGCCCUACGUCAAGGACUACUCUUCGCCAAUAGUAGAGUGGGCGAAGGGCAUAGAAGAAAUCGACGAGCUUAAGUCCGCCGCAAUGGAUGAGAUGAAGUUUGAAGACCUCACUGUUCGCAUAGGAUAUCCUCAGCUCUACCAGCACUACGGAAACUGUGAGCACAUCUUUGUCUUCUCAGAUGUGAAGCUCCUGCAGCCGUCAGAUAUUCUUCAGCGCUCUCAGUACCCAUUUCUGAGGACGGUUUCAAAUAACCGACGCCACAUCUGCUACAUUUGCGGCGUGAAUCCGGUUAAGUACCUCGUCCAGGGAUGCAAGAGGCAAAUCACAGAUCCCACUUUCUACUGCGCCACUUGUUUUGACGCAUAUCUGUACAAUGAGGGGGAGAAAAUAGGCAACUUUGAGGCUUUCAAUUACGCUGAGAAUCGUCCACCAACACAUUAG